AACUUCACCCUUGGUGCAUUUGUCUGCAAUUUUUCUCCCAAAAUUUGUGUCACUCUCCAUCGACGGAGGAGAACACUCCAAUUUUCUCUCACAGCAAUUUGUUCUUUUCCUGCUCAGUGUUCGGCGAGUUCUCACAAUCUUCGGUUAUCUCCAUCAACGGUUAUAGCGUCCAGAAACCAGAUCUGAUUGCAAAUAGACCCAUCGUUUGCUUUGGGGGGUUGAACGUAACAACCUCGAUUUGGGGUUUGAACUGCUUUAAGGGAACUGGGGUCUCUAAAUUUAAUAAAUUUUUCGAAUGACGAGUGGUGUGGCUUCAAUUGUGGAGAUUUGAGUAAUUAGGUCGCUGCUAUAGUGGAGAAAGUUUAAGAACUGGGUUUUGAUUCUGUUGAGGAAAUUUCGGAGAGGAUUAGGUGUUUUUGAGUGUUUGUUGGGUCGGAGUCAUGUUCUAUGGUGCGGUGGUAUGGGACCCUUGGCUUAUUGUUGCUCAAAUUGUUUGUCUUCAAUGUUUGUAUUAUAUCACCCUGGGAUUGUUCUUGUCGAUACUUGUUGGAACUCGUGUAUCUCGGAUGAGCCUCGUGUAUUUCUUUGACUAUGUUGCCGUCACUACCUCUACCGUCACUGGAUUGUGUGUUAUUGCUUCAUUUCUGCUCAGUUCAGUUGCAGGGGCGGUGUAUAUGCUUUAUGUGAUUGAAAGAGCAAAGAAGUGCUUGGAUUUUUCAGCCACACUCUACAUCAUCCAUCUUUUUAUAUGCAUUGUUUAUGGGGGUUGGCCCUCCUCUAUAACAUGGUGGAUUGUGAAUGGUUCUGGAAUUGCAGUGAUGGCUUUGCUAGGUGAAUAUCUUUGCAUCAGGCGAGAGCUCCGGGAGAUACCAAUAACACGAUAUCGUUCAAAUGUUUGAUUGACUGAAGUAAUCCUGAAUUCAAGAAGGAAGUGCUGCAGGAUGGUAACAACUUGAGUUUUUAUAUAUUGGAUUACCUCCAAGACAAAGCCCGUGGAGUGAAUAGUUCUAUUUGGGCAUUGAAAGACCUACUUUUCCUUUCCAUUCUUUAGUUUCAAUAGAGUGAAAGAUAGAUAACCAGAUGAGACUAGGUACAUAAUUUUUCAGGAAAUUCUGAAAGUUUAAUGUAAUUUGUUCUCAUUCUAUUUCGAUUUUCCCUCUUUUUUAGUGUUGGUUAAGAUGAUGCGUUUAGUUGAUAGAGUUUUUAUUCUUUUCACCCUUUUUGUGAGCACUCGGAUCUUUUUAUAUUCUUGAAAUUAUAUGUUAGUUCUGCCCCAUCCCAUUACUUUUACCAUUACUUUUAAUGGGGUUAUUAUAUCAGAUAGCAGAAUGAGCCUCUUAGCCAGAUUUGUUUUUAACUUCUUUAUUGAUUGAUAAAUAUGCACGCCACGAUUUGUGGUUGAUGAUGUUCU